ACUGGGUGUCCGGUCUAAUCAAGGACAUUUUCGAGAACGUCCUCAGAACACCUUGUAUGAAGUACAUGCAUCCGCUGAAAUGCGUCGGAUCCACAUCAUCGAUUUCAGCUCCGCCGAUUGCAACACGUACCACUUUGACAAGAGUCGGACAGCUCGCUGGUUCGUUCUGGAACAUCCCCCAGACAAAGACGGGCCCGUGUACCGGGAUGCGUCCGGCCGCAGCCUGAAACCCGCCGAACCCACAUUCGCGGAACUCAACAGUCGCGCGGACUCGCCGACACGCUCGUACCUUUUCGGCAUGGUGGAAAAGGCGACGGCCGAAGCCAGCAAAGAGGAGAAGUUGGGCAAAUUGCGAGCGCUCAGAGCACAACACACAUUGCGCCAGCAGACCCAGGGCUAGUCUUUGAUUGUUUACGUUUUUUUUAUUUUCCCCCGCCCUUACUUGCGAAAAUUCGCGAAACAAUGGAUUUGGCACUGUUGUACUAUGUGACUGACCGCCGGAGUACAGCAUUGACUGUCUUUGGAAAACAAAAAAGCCACAUAACGUGAAUUUUGAAUAUCGAUGAAGGAAGUGUAGAAAUAGAUAAAGGGGGAUAAGAGUAAUUAUGACAUUACAGUACUGAAAAAAUGAGCACCUGUAGUGGUUUAGAAACACAAAGACACAAAGCCAAAGAGGCACAUUACUUUUUCCUGGCUCACUUUUAAACCAUGUUAUAUAGCAGCAUUUUAUGCAUUACAAACAAACUUGUGUUUCACUUCAUGUAUAUAAAGUAAUGCUUGAUAAUUUUUAGUAAAGUAAGGUUUGCCUCAGUUUUUAGGGUUAUUUAGAACAGUGUUCCCCAAACUCUGGUCCAAGGACCAGUGCUGGUCCUCAAAAGUUUUUUGCUGGUCUAUGGGAAAUCUUUCAGCCCAAGGAAUUUAUCAAAAGUAGCAAUGAAGUCUGUUAUCUUUAUCUAAAAUUUUGGAAAGACAAUGGCAGUUGAAAUUAUCUGAUGAAAAGUAAGUUGGCUUUUCUCUGAAUAACACUUCAGACAAGUAUUUACCUGCUGAAAUAAAUUAGUUCAAUUUUUCACUCUGAGAAACCUUCCAAUGCCCAACUUUCUAAUGUUUUCAUGGCAUUUGGCUAUAGCUGCUUCACAGGUUCUUACCUUAAUUUGGCAAAAAAGUAUAAACUUUUAAAUGCCUGCCAUAAAUUCUUUCAAGCAAAUCUUUUUUGAACGUGCGAAUAUUUUAUGAAACUUUGCCAGUCCACAGACAAUUUUUGGGAAUUUGCUGGUCCACAGACCCAAAAAGGUUGGGUAACACAGAUCUAGAAAGUGUAUCAUAUUUAAUUUUUCAAGGUUGGCUAUACUUUCGGCAGUCAGUCACUUACGGUAACAGCACUGCGAACAUUUUUGUAUUUUUUGUGCUUCGUUCCUUGCGCGCUGAUCACGUUGGAGGCUGGAAGAAUUUUUUGGCUCAUUUUUUGACAUGGUUCAUAGAAGCUGUGCGUUCUGUUUCAUGUUCUGGGUAAAUGUGGCACAUGGCGUAACACUCAGCACAAUAUAGCGACUUCGUGCCAAGCAGUUGCGUGGUUUAUAAUUCGAGCGGGAAAGAUAUUAAAGCUUAUGUGCGUUGA